AUGUCUCUCAGAGCAGGAGCAUCCACUAAGUCCAAGGUCGACCCAUUGGACAAAAAGCUGCCAGCAAACCCUAAGUAUGCAAACGUCACCUCGACAAUUAACUCUGGUCCAACAAUAGAUAAGUUUUAUGCUAAGCACGGGCAGGAGGCUACAAAUGCACGCUUCAAACGUAAUACAAGCCAAAAGUACAAGAGAAUUCGCUUGGCAACCCUUCAGAAAUGGAUAGAGACGGCCAUGACCGUUCUUGCACAGCCGGAUUUCCUAGAUUCUGGAGAAUCAAUUUAUUCCCUAGACGAUGGAAAUGGACCCAUUCAAAGGCCCGGAAGUGUUUGCUCUGCAAUUACCUCAGUAUCUAUGGCAGAUACUGAGGCCAGUGUCUGCGGAGACGAGCCGGGUGUGCCGCCAAUGUUCAUGGGGGGUCCAGAUAUUAAGGAACUCCUAAAUCGCCUCAGCAUUUGCAGGCCCACAACAUCUGAAGCAAAUGGAGCAUACAUUCGCGACACAACGGCCAUGCCAGUCGUCACAGACUACGUCAGGAAUUCCAAGAUGAAUCAAGCCGUUGCAGACAGAUAUCAAUUGGCCAGCAAUACCGAAGACCAAGAUACACUGCGUAACGCCGUUCGCGAAAAGAACACUCGCUCGCAUCUAGAGGGGCUGGGAGAUCCCUCCAGUGCACCCACGUCUCUAAAUGAGGUCCAGGAACUCACCACCAGAAAGCGCCAUAACAAGAUUCUGGAAAGAAUACACCUUAUUCCAGGGCUCAAGCUUGAGAUGCUGCGGUCGGAUACGGAACCCAAGCGCCAGAUUUACUUGCCUAUACCGACCGUUACCAAGCAAUUUUGCGUUCUGGAUAUGCGUCCAGACGAAUCUGAGUACAACAGAUCGCAUAUCUGGGGAGCCGUUUGGCUGCCCACGGCGCGACUCCACAGGGCGACAAACAAGAUGCCCCCAGAUCUGCACUACUUCGUUAAGUUCGAUGAGUCCAUCGUUAUCGUGACAGGGCUGGAAGGAAAUAAUGCAGAAGAGGCAGCAAAUCUCCUUAUGGAAUAUGGAAUUGCCCAGCGAAACAUUGUUCUUCUGAUACAAACGAUCGCAGAAGUAGAGCAAACUGCCAGAGGGAUCAUUGUUACCGCGUGA